UGCAAAGCUGCCCUGAUCCCCGUCCUUUCCGGAAUGGCUUUUUGAUUGGGAAUGAUUUCAGCGUGGGACAAACUGUUACUUUUGAGUGUUUUCAUGGUUACACUUUGAUUGGAGAGGCAGCGCUAACAUGCCUCCAUGGUUUAAGUCGGAAUUGGAACUACCCUGUGCCUAGAUGUGAAGCUCUCUGUGGUGGAAACAUUACAGCAAUGAAUGGUACUAUUUACUCCCCUGGGUACCCUGAUGAGUAUCCAAAUUUUCAAGACUGCAUUUGGCUUGUUAGAGUUCCACCUGGUUAUGGGAUAUACAUCAACUUUACAGUCUUACAAACAGAACAAAUAUAUGACUUUAUUACUGUGUGGGAUGGUGCAGAUCAAAACUCUCCUCAGAUUGGCCAGUUCAGUGGAAAUACAGCACUAGAUUCUGUGUACAGCACAUCAAACCAAGACCUGAUCAAAUUUCAUAGUGACUUUACGACUGGUGGAUUCUUUGUGCUCAGUUAUCACGCAUAUCACCUGAGAGUAUGUCAGGCGCCUCCUGAAGUCCCGAAUGCAGAAGUGCUGACAGAUGACAAUGAAUUUGAGAUAGGAGACAUAAUCAGAUACCAGUGUCUGCCAGGAUUUACUCUAGUAGGUAAUGACAUUCUCACAUGUAGACUUGCAGAGCGUUUACAAAUGGAUGGACCGCCCCCGUCUUGCCAAGUGCUGUGUCCUGCUAAUGACAUGCGCUUUGAUUCUACUGGAGUCAUUCUAAGCCCUGGAUACCCUGAUAGUUACCCCAACUUACAGAUGUGUGCUUGGAGUAUUACAGUGGAAAAGGGAUAUCACAUUACUCUGUAUUUUGAGUUCUUCCAGACAGAGAAAGAAUUUGAUAUACUUGAAAUUUUUGAUGGGCCAAGCAGCCAUAGCGCUAUAUUGGCUACCCUUAGUGGAGAUUAUUCUUCUUUCAACAUAACCACCACUGGUCACCAAGCCCUUCUCCGCUGGUCUGCAGAUCAUGGCACGAACAAGAAAGGGUUCCGCAUCAGAUAUGUUGCUCUUUACUGCAGCACACCAGAUUCACCACCCCAUGGGUCAAUUGUUAGCCAGACUGGAGGGCAGCUUAAUAGUAUGGUCCGUUGGGCUUGUGACCGAGGAUACAGACUGAUUGGGAAAAACACUGCUGUUUGUAGGAAGACACAAUAUGGGUAUUUUACAUGGGAUGCGCCAGUCCCAGCUUGCCAAGCCGUUUCCUGUGGUGUGCCAAAAGCACCUAUAAAUGGAGGCGUGCUGACUACCGAUUAUUCAGUUGGUACGCGUGUAAACUAUUAUUGUAAUGAUGGGUAUAGGCUUUCUUCUAAGGAGCUCACAACUGCUGUAUGCCAACCAGAUGGUACAUGGAGCAAUCAUAAUAAAAUCCCACGUUGUUCAGUUGUCACAUGUCCCAGUAUAGGCUCUUUCACAGUGGAGCAUGGGAGGUGGAGAAUUGUAAACGGCUCCCAUUAUGAAUACAGAACAAAGAUUAUUUUUAGCUGUGAUCCUGGUUAUUACCGAAUGGGACCUGCAUCUAUCCAGUGUAUGGCUAAUGGGGCAUGGAGCUGGAGAAAUGAGAGACCCCACUGUCAGAUUAUUUCUUGUGGGGAACUGCCUUCCCCUCCUAAUGGGAAUAAAAUUGGUACUCAAACAACCUUUGGAGCAACAUCUAUUUUCACCUGUGACCAAGGAUACGUGCUGGUUGGCUCAGUUGUGAGAGAAUGUCUUUCAUCUGGGCUGUGGAGUGGGUCAGAGACUAGGUGUCUAGCUGGACACUGUAGCACUCCAGAACCAAUAGUUAAUGGCCAGGUGAUUGGAGAUAACUUUGGGUACAGAGACACAGUGGUAUAUCAGUGUAAUCCUGGACUUCGUUUGAUUGGCUCCUCAGUGAGGAUAUGCCAGCAAGACCACAACUGGUCUGGUCAACUUCCAGUCUGUGUUCGUAAGUAA